GAAGGAACGAGCCAGAGAAAAGGGACCGGAGGCUCUAGGGGAGGAAUUCGAGGGGAAGAGUCGCGAGGCCAAGUCAAUGAUGUGAUACAGCGAUUUUUUUUUACUACUACGAAUCCUCAUCGAGUAUUCAGGCGCGAGCGAGUGAGCGGUCGCGCCCCACGCGCUAAAGCUGUGGAUUCGGAGUGACCCCACUGCAGCAACCGGGAGCGCUGCGCUCCGGACUCACGGACCGAUCUGCCGUUAACGAUACAAAAAGCCGUCAUUUCGACCAAGGAGCAUCUCUUCUGAGCUUCUGUUCGGUCACACACGCGAUCAACGCAUCCUUUCCGGUACACAGUGAACGGUCUCGCGGCCGAGCGAACGGAGAGGUGUCGCACCGCCAUCUGUCAUCAUCGCGCGGCUCGGGCUAACGUUAUUCGCCAAAUAACCGAGUGAUAACCGGGGCAUCUAGCUCACAUCUCGGUUGACAGCGACUGCGGGCCAUGAUCGUGUAUAAGGAAGGCGAUUUGAGGCAUAUGUGAGCAUGUGUGUGUGAGAGUCGUGGAGGGCGGGCGAAGUGAAGUCAUUUAAAACAGAAGUGUGCAUCACCAGCGUCGGGUUUGGCGACUUGCGAGUCAUCAUUUUGGGGAAUUAACUAGAGAACAAGAACGCGUCUAUCUAUGAUGGUCUGCUGAAAUAUUGGCUAAUGUGAAUAAUACAAUCAGAACAGAUAUCCCAUCUCUACCAUCAUAUGGGCCUAGGCUACCAUAAAGAAGCUUAUUUUUACAUCAUUCCACAGAAGUGAUCCGAAAGAAAUUGGUCUUAAGUGCUCAUCUGGCGGGUCAGUGGUUGUUUUUAUUAAAGGCCGCUGUCAGAUUUGUAAGCCUGCAGAAUUGGCAGUGAGGUCGCGAGUUGACUUGCGUCUUGAAUCCGCAUCUCGCUUCUGCUUUUCCCCGUGACCGUUAACGGCGACUGAGCUGAAACCAUCCCUCUCACUCAGGUGAACAGCGGCUCGACUGGGCUGGCUGAUAAGUCACCUGAGGUCUCAGUUUAAACCGCAUUUCUUGCUCGUGUGUUUGCUGUCUGAUGUUAUAAGCGCUGCGUUACUACGAGCAUCUGCGGUCUGACCAGAUCUCGCUUGUGAACGGAUGUAGCCUCGAUCACUGCGACAUGAGGACACGGACCUUGGCUGCAGGACCCGGGAUGGUCCGCGAGGAAGGGCUGCUUUGGAUCGCGCCUGCCGCACGCUGAUGCCGUUUCUGAGGGAGAACCCUCGUCAGGUCUGCCAAAGAGGUUUCGGUUCGGGUGUCGCCUGCACCGGAUUCCGUGCCCAGCAAACGGCGCGUCUGCGUCAGUCCCUGAUCGCAAGGACAGGUGCACAUUGUGCUGCAGACUGAAAUAAACUCUCUCUCUCGUGGUUGUCGAGGAAAGUAACGGAAUUGUAAAGGUUUCCUGAAACAGUUGUGAUGUAACAUGUCCUAAUACGAAAUCAAAUCACACAGCACAGAAUCUUAACUGUUAGCCCUUGUACUGUAGUUUUAUCCAUGUUUCGCUACUAUGCUUAGCUGAUAUCACACAUGAUGUUUUUUUGAUACCUGCACAAGGUGCUGCGUUUAAGUUCGAAGAUCGAUCGCACAGCCAAAAUCGCUUUCUACUCAAGUGCCCCAGCUGUGAAAAUGGGAGACAUGGCCAAACCCAGCAAAAUAGCCAUUUAACCAGUGGGUAGCAAACCUAUGCUAGCGUUAGCUUCCAAAUUAAUGAUAGCUAGCAUCUCUGGGGUCGACUGGGUCCAUCAGAUCGAUCUGAAACCCACAUUGGCUACUCACUAAGAGAUAAAGAUUGCUCGACUAUUUCAGAGACGUGCUCACACAUGUAAAGCCUCCAACGUUCAUCAAAACAAUCAGAUGAGUGUCGGACAGCAGUGCAACUCGAGACCGAGGAUGUGAGCACGGCCUAGUUAACCCAUUCAGCGCCGCACAGAUUUGUAAAUGUAAACAAACAGAGAAGGAGGCGCUACCGCUAACUGGACCAAAAACCGAAGGCAGACUUUGCAGUCCUGUUGUACGCUUUAAUGUGUUGCCACGCAUUUCUUUACAAUAUUUGAGUGAUUUACAAGUAUUUAUGUUACUUUAAUGCAGUUCGCCUGGAACCCUAGGACAGCUGUUGUGGCGUGGUCGUGUUUGUGUUGGCAGCUUAGAGCAGAGAUGAUGUCAGGGGCACCCGCUGGAUUGAUUUCACCGUGUUUUCAAUAAAUCUGGCCGACGCGAGAACUGCACAAGAACAGCUCGGAACGCCCGAGAGCUCCUCUCUGUACGUGCGUCCGUGAGGCGAUGUCGGUGAAGGCAGACCGGAGACAGGAGCGGUGCAGCCUUCGCGUGUGACCCCGUUUUGCCCCACGCACUCUUCGUCACCCGCGGAACUGUGGAAGGAUUCUGUUUUCUCUUUGAGCGGACGGACACCUCCAUCCAUUUGGAAAAAAAACCUUGUUUUUCAACAGGAUUUUUGUGUUUUGUUGGGGAAAUUGUUGCGUUUUUUCCCCCUUCGUUGUUAAUAAUUCCACUGGCAUCACCAGUAAGGACCAUUCUGCAGCCAUGUUUUCAUCCGAGAGCCCUCAGUAUCUGCGCCAGGGACUGAGCAUGUUCGUGUGGACCAAUGUGGAGCCCCGGUCAGUGCCAGUGUUUCCAUGGCAUUCAUUGGUGCCCUUCCUGGCCCCCACCCAACCAGAGCCAGCGGCUCAGCCGGGGGAGGGACAACAGCCUGUCAAUCAGCUGCAGGCAGCCGGUCUGAAGAAAGAGUUUCAGGGCGGGGUCGUUCAGUUGAAGGAGAGCAGCGAUGCCACCCCCCAGCCCACCGUCUCCAUGGAGACCGCGACCCCUGACCCCCGGGAGCGGGACCGCGACGGCGAGCGUGAGAGACCGGACAGCGAGGCCGAGAGUGACGUGGAUGACCCGUUCUUCCCGGGGGUGAUGCCGGACCCCCCCAUGUCUGUGUCCCCGGUGAAGAGGAGGACCCAGUCCCUCAGCGCCCUGCCCAAAGAUGGAGACAAGAACAGCCCAGGGAAGAGGGAGAAGGACCACAUUCGGCGGCCGAUGAACGCGUUCAUGAUCUUCAGUAAGCGCCACCGUGCGCUGGUCCACCAACGCCACCCCAACCAGGACAACCGCACCGUCAGCAAGAUCCUGGGGGAGUGGUGGUACGCGCUGGGCCCCAAGGAGAAGCAGAAGUACCACGACCUGGCCUUCCAGGUGAAGGAGGCCCACUUUAAGGCGCACCCGGACUGGAAGUGGUGCAACAAAGACAGGAAGAAGUCCAGCUCUGAUGGGCGGGGCCUCUCGGAUGGGCGGGGCCUCUCGGAUGGGCGGGGCCUCUCGGAUGGGCGGGGCCUGGGCGGGCCCAAGGACGUCAGGGAGAGGAGCAUGUCCGAGACCACCGAGCCUCCGUCCAUCUCCUUGGGAAUGGAGCUGAAGGGGGCGGGGUCUGGGAUGGUGGGCGUCGCUGGUCGUGCUGGAGGGGAGGGGCCUGGAGGUCAGCUGACUCGUCCUCGGGCUUUUUCCCAGAGUGCCGUGCACACCCUGGAGCGCAGCGAGCGCGGGAACACACAGGCCCUGGCAGAGCUGGCACAGAUGUGUGGUGACGGGGGUCCCCAGUUGUCGGGGCGCGUGUCUCUCUCUCGUGCGCAGCGGGGGGUCAGCGAGGACAUGACCAGCGACGAGGAGCGCAUGGUCAUCUGCGAAGAGGAGGGCGACGACGACGUCAUCGAGGAUCCGUACCCUGCCAGUUCCAUAGACCUAAAGUGUAAGGAGCGCGUCACAGACAGCGACAGUGAGAAUGGAUCAGGAGACGAAGGAGAACGCAAGAGGGUGUUUGCUGGUGUGAUAUGCUCCUCCUCCUCCUCUCAUCAUGGGCGGAGCCUGUCUCUCUCGGCCUACCCGUCUCGUCGCUAUGGCGACGGAGAGGCCACGGCGAGCGCCGAGCGCAAGAGGAAGAGAGGAGCGGAGGGAGGAGAGGAGCAGAAGGAGGGAUGCCCAGACGGAGGAGGAGGAGGAGGAGGAGGCGGAGGAGGCGGGACUAUGAUAUUCCCGGGGGCGGGACCUGUGAGUUUGGGGGUGUGUCUUCCGUCGUCAAGAGGAGCGUCUACCGUGGUUACAAGCGUGGUGCGUCCCGUCGUCAGCACCCCCAAAGCUCCUCCCACCACACAGUUCCUCAUUGGACCAGCCUCUGGAGGAGGCGGAGCUGGGUACUCCUCCUCGCCCAAUCCCGUGGCUGCAGGGGCGGUGCCAGGAGGACUAGUGACCAAUCUGAUGGUGGGAGGAGCCUAUUCAGGCCAGCCUGCUGUGCAGCUCAUAAACCCCUCCCACUCCCUCAUUAACCCCGCCUCCUCUCAGAGUAAUGGUCCCGCCCCGCUGUCCCUGUUGCCGGCCUCUCUGGUGCCCCCCGGUGGCGGGAAAGCGCUGGUGCAGGCCUCUCUGGCGCCCCCUGGCCUCACACAGACGCUGGUGCAGGCCUCUCUGGCGCCCCCUGGCCUCACACAGGUGCAGUACAUCCUGCCCACUCUGCCCGCCUCCAACCCCAAGAGCCCGUCCCCCCAGCUGUCCGUCCAGCCAGCCAGCGUCUUCACCCUGCCCUCGGCCCCGCCCACGCAUGGCUCGCUGGCCAAUGGGAAGCAGGCAGGGGUGGGGCCAUUGACGGGAUACGCCUCCAGUCCUGCAAUGGGAAUGGUCAGCUCUGGGAACACGGGAGUGCAAACGCAAUCACAAGUCUUGCAGGGCAAGAUGAUUGUUCCCAUGGCGACAGUGAGGACAGCACAAGCCCCUUCUCAACCCUCAUUUCCUGUAGUGGCUGCUCCUCUUCCUGUCCAGAAUGGAGGUCAAACAGGAAGUAAGAUCAUCCAGAUCGCUCCUAUGCCUGUCGUCCAAUCACAGCUCUCCACUGGAGGAGCAAUGCAUUCUGGGAGCCCGUUCCCCAUUUCCAUGGCAACUGCCGCAGUGGUCACCCCAGGGUCCACCCCCUCUCAGGCAGUGCUGCUGCCGCCGCCUGCAACCAGGAUUACGUAUGUUCAGUCCACACCGGGCGUCCCGUCUCCUUUGCCUCUGGUAUCCACGACAACAGGCUCCACCCAGUCAACUCCGCCCCCUUCUGGAUCUGCGUAUGUCACAUCGCCCCUGGCAACGCUUGGCUUCACUGCUAUCGCCCCACCUGGACAAACACUCGUCCAGCCACUGCUCCCAGGUCAGCCCUCUCUGCUGGCUCCUGCCCCGUCCUCUAGCUGCGCUGCUGUAUCUGCCCCUCCGUCGGGCUCCGCCAUCUACCCCCCCACCAGCGUCACCCUGGCGACGGGGGUGGUUUCCGUGGCGACGGUGGCCCCGCCCUCCAGCGUGGUGUACACGGUGUCCGGCCCCUCUAGCUUGGGCCCCCACAUCCUGCCCAAGCACACACACACCCCGCCGCCACCCCCGCCACACACACACACUCUCACGCACCACACACACACGCUGCCGCAGGCCGAGCGACACACACACCUCAGCCUGGACAGAGCGUCGGAGUCCUACCCCCUGCAGGCCGACAGGCUGGCUGACCCCCACCCCCCCCAGGGUGACCGCUCCUCUCUGCCCCCCCCCUCCGGCAAGACUCCGGCCAGCUCGCCCGCGCCCCCCGCUGGUCCCACAACGCCACUGCGGCCCCCCAGCCCCCCUGCCCCCACACACACAGGCAGUGCAUCGGGCACCCCUAAGUUGGCGUCUCACCCCGUGAGGACCCCUCAGAAGGUGAAGGCCACCGUAGCGUCCAUCCCCGUCGGGAGUUACGAGGCCGGCAGCCGCGGGAGGGAACGAGAAAAAGAGCGGGAGAGAGAGAAGGAGCGAGAGAGAGAGAAGGAGAAAGAGAGGGAGAAGGAGAGAGAGAGGGAGAAAGAGCGAGAGAAGGACAGAGAGAAGGAGAGGGAGCGAGAGAGCGCCUCACGGUUCUCGUUUGAGAUGGAUCACCCUGCGGAAUCAGGCAGCUCUCCGGCCAGACCGGCAGAGGAGGGGUCCUCAGAGCCGCACGGCACAGGCGAUGCUCCAGCCACCUCAGGCCGGAAAGAGGCCCCCACCAAAGAGGCUGGGUGGAAAGACUCGCAUCCCUCGUCUCCCCUGCCACCCCCCCCUCAGGGGGAGAAAGAUGCCCCCCCAGCCAAAAAGGUCAAGGCGCGACCCCCGCCCCUCAAACGCACCUUUGAUUCUGUCGACAACAGGGUUCUGUCGGAGGUGUACUUCGAGGAGCGGUUCGCCGAGCUGCCAGAGUUCCGUCCAGACGAGGUUCUGCCGUCGCCAACGUUACAGAGCUUGGCCACCUCCCCCCGCGCCAUCCUGGGCAGCUACCGCCGCAAGCGCAAGAACUCCACCGAUCUGGAUUCGUCCACGGAGGAUCCGGUUUCUCCGAAGCGGAAGAGUCGUCGACGUUCCAGCUGCAGCUCUGAACCAAACACUCCCAAGAGCGCAGCCAAGUGUGAGGGGGACAUCUUCACCUUCGAGAGGCCAGCUGCGGAGGGGGAGGAUCUGCUGGCGGAGCUGGAGUUUGAGAAGGUUCCGUACUCUUCUCUGCGGCGCACUCUGGACCAGCGCCGGGCCCUCGUCAUGCAGCUCUUCCAGGAGCACGGAUUCUUCCCCUCCGCCCAGGCCACGGCGGCGUUCCAGGGCCGCUACUCGGACAUCUUCCCGACUAAAGUGUGUCUGCAGCUGAAGAUCCGGGAGGUGCGGCAGAAGAUCAUGCAGACGGCCACACCCACCGAGACCAUUGGCCAGCUCUCCUCCGACCCCGCCUCCCAGCCCGGCCCCUCGGGCAUGCAGGCCAAUGAGGGCGCAGCAGGGGCGGAGCUUCUGUCUGAGCAGGAACAGGAACAGGAAGAGGAGGAGUCACGGGCGGCGGCUGAGGCGCAGGACGCUACCAGAUGAGUUUGAUGGACACGCCGACCGCCCAAUCAGCAGCCUCUCUUCAUCCAGCCCCCUAAGAGGGGCGGGGCCAAUGUGUCUAGGGCUUCUCCCCCUUCGACCAACCAGAGUGUCGCACCUGUCACAUGCAGAUGUAUGACACACACCUACACACACACACACACCCACACACACACACACCUGUCACAUGCAGAUGUAUGACACACACACCUACACACACACACACACACACACACACACCUGUCACAUGCAGAUGUAUGACACACACCUACACACACACACACACACACACACACACACACCUGUCACAUGCAGAUGUAUGACACACACCUACACACACACACACACCUGUACAUACAUAUAUAUAUACACACACACACACAGACCUGUACACAUACAUACACACACACACACACACACACACACACGCAUACACACACAUGUACACACAUAUACACACCUACCCACACAACACAACACACACACACACGCAUACACACACUUGCACACACAUAUACACACCUACCCACACAACACACACAUAACAGCCCAGUUGUCUAUACCUGUGUAUGGGUGGUGUAGGCGAUGGAAACACACACACUUGAAUUGAACUAGUACACUGUUACUGUUACUUUACAUCAAGCUUCCAGAAUUGCCAGUGGACAUUGACGGACAGUGGGACUGACCAGUGAAAAUUCGCCAUACGGACAGAGCCCUCCUCCCGUGGCUGCUAGAUCAUCACGGAUUGGCUGCUGCAUUUAUUUAAGAAGCCAACCAAUACUGCUGCUUUAAACAAUCAAAAGACGUUUUGUAAUUGGUCCAAUGUUGGCCGGGGGGAGGGGCUUUGACUUAUGCUGGUGAUGGGAUUGGCUCAUGAGCUCUGCCGGAUCCAUGAGGGGCUGGGCCCCCAUUGGCUGAGCCGAGUGCCAAGGGGCGGAGCGUUUGGAAGGUUUACCUUGUUUUUCUUCUGUUUGUUUUUAUCUCGUUGUUUGUUUAUUGUUUUCUUCUCACUCUCUGUUGUCAUGGCGACACGAGAUGUGUGCACUGAAGCGUUGGAGUGUUCUGCCGUCACCUUGGCAACUCCAAAGCAACAUGUCCAUUCCAGUGUUGUUGCCAUGGAAACCUACAGCCAGAGCGGUCCCCUUUAGUGAUUGGCUGAAACUCCAUCCAUGAAGGAAGGGGGCGGAGAGAGGGCGGAGCAAGGCCAGGCCUGCUCUGAUUGGUCAGAUUUGUAUGAUUAUGUUUUUAUAAGCCGCAGGGCUCCUGUACCUUUUUUAUUUGAGUUGAAAACUGAAGAAGUCCGUCGUCGUGUUUUUAAAGCGCUUGAUCUGUGUGACCCCUGACCUUUGCGUCUGUAGGUUAAUUGCUCUCUCCUCCCCACACACUCACCUACCUGCCCCCCCCCCCCCCCCCCCACACACACACCUCUGCCUUCAUUGUUUUCAUCUCUUUUGUUUCUAUCCACCCCCCCAUCAAAUUCCAUCUUCCACUUCAAAGGACCAGAGCAAGAAAUAGCGGCCCCCCUCCCCCCCCCCCCUUUGUUCCUGUGUUCACCACCUCCUCUCCUUUUUCUCUCUUCCUCUUCUCCUAGGUGUACUCUCUCUCUCUCUCUCUCUCUCUCCCUCCCCUGGGCUGUAGUGUACAGUCUUGUUGCCAUGGGAGACGUGGUGGUUCUGUUGCCAUGGGAGACAUGGUGGUUCUGUUGUAUAUACUUCCUGUAGAGCCCAGAGACUCGUGUGUGUGUGUGUGUGUGUGUGUGUGGAGGGACAACCGAACGCUUUGUUGAAUAUUAAAAGUGACCAUUGGCGCCCUUGCAGCUGUAAACUGGAGGUUUAAGUAAUAAAUAAAUAUGAAUAUUCAUGAAUAAAUAUGAAUAUUAAUAAAUAAAUAUAAAUGACUAUUAACUCUUUUGUGUUACUCUUUGUUUUACCAGUAAAGUAUGCAAGACAGACGUUUCUAUCAGUAACUGCUACAUUUGUAUCUGUAUCUUUCAGUAUACAAAUAAAUUAGACGUUCCAGUCAA